GGUAUGUUUACAAACUUAUAACACGUGGGUAGUAUUGUUGUGGGUGAGAAUCGACAUGGGCACCAUGGAAAAAGAAUGUGAAUUAAUUGUGAGUCGGAAAGGUGGUGGUAGUGUAAUCGAUCGCCAGCCCGUAUUUUCGAAAGAUGGACGGAUACUCUUUGUUGUCUGGGGGCCAGCCAUCCGCUCAUAUAGUGUUCAGACGGGUGAACUGAUUGACAGCUACGAAGGAUUGAAGUCAAGAGCAGUUGGUGUUGUGUUGAAUCCAGACAAUUCUGAUCAUAUUGUUGCCUGUUCACAAACAGGUGAAUUAAUUGAAUGGAACUGGAGGACUGCUGAACAAAAGCGAAAACUGCAACUGGAUUUAAAUUAUAAGAACAACAAACCCAAGUUGAUUGUGAAUUUUUAUGUUGCAAGAACAAUAGAAAGGAAGAUUAAAGUGUUCUUAGUAUGGGGGUAUGAAAAGGAGAAAAAUGCAAUUGUUGACAUUUUUAAUUUUACAACAGGCAAGAUCUCAAAAACAAACUUUGGACAGUGCAGAGUUGACAGCCAUUCGCACAGCACUGCUAUCGGAGGAAGCAAUACGGGUAUCUGUAUUGCUGGCAUAAAACAGAAUGAGCUAUUUGUAAUUUCUUCAGAAGAUGGUCACCAAAUGAGACAAUUCCUUGGUGGACAACGUUGGUUCACAUGUGUUGCAUGCCAUCCAACAGAGGCGUGUGUUGCAACUGGUGACAAUUCGGGUCGUUUGCUCAUAUGGAGGGGUUUCAAUCCAGGAUCCAAACCAGUUUAUGGAGUGUAUCACUGGCAUACACUACCUGUAAGAGAUGUAAUAUUUUCAAGUGCAGGAACAUAUGUCUACACUGGAGGUGGUGAGGGAGUUUUAGUGAAGUGGUCCCUAGAUGCCUCACAGCAGCGCAGUUUCUUGCCACGAUUACCAGCCUCUAUCGCCCACAUUUCAUUAUCUUCAGAUAACAGAUGUAUAGGCAUUUCAACAGAUGAUAAUGCAAUUCAAAUAAUUGAUCCCCAGUUCAAACAUUUAUCUGUCGUUCAACAUUUUACAUGGGGAGUUAGGCCUGUGGCUACUGCUCCUGGAAGACCCGGACCUCUCUUCCCAGCCAGGUUAACAAGGGAUCCUCGCACGCAGUCCUUGGUACUUAAUGGACGCACAGGACACAUACAGUUUUUCUCAGUGCACUCAAAAACACUGCUAUACAAUCUUGAUGUUACAGGACAGAACUAUCUAACUCAGGAACGAGGUGAAGUUAUAGUUAACACAGAAGUAAUUAAGGUUGCCUUCAGUUCUGCUGGAGAUUGGCUUGCAACAGUGGAGCAGAGAGACGACAAUGAAAUCAGCCCUGAGUUGCGCCUAAAAUUCUAUUAUGACAGCACUAAGCAGACGUAUUCAUUGAACACUGCAAUAGAACUGCCUCAUAAGAGUACUGUCUAUGCCUUAGAAUUCCAACCAUCUGCCAAUCUCAACCACUUGUUGGCUGUUACUACUGGUGAUGACCAAAAGUUUCGAAUUUGGGGACUUACAGAAAAUUCAAGCUUAUACAGUAAGGGAGUGACAUGGAUCUGUGAGAGUGUUGGCUUUUACCAGAAUUUGCCAGCAGGAGCUGUAAGUUUCUCCACUGACAGCUCUUUGUUGGCAGUCGCUUUUGGAUGUUGUGUAACAGUCUGGAUUCCUGAAACUAAUGAGCUCCAAUGUAGCCUUACUCAUACUACAAAUGACAAAACCAUUAGUCAGGUAAACUUUGGGCAACAGGACUGUGUCCAUCUCAUUGUUAGUGCUUCUCCAUGUGGAAUAUAUGUGUGGAACGUAAUAACGUUAUCAUUGAUGUGGAUGGUGCCUUUCAAGCUCAGCAUUCUGGCUGCUGAUCCAAAAUCAAAUUUGAUGGCUGCUGUGUCUGCUGAAAAUGAAUUGGUUAUAUUCCGACCAAACUGCCCGCAGCCGAUGUUCAGAAAACCAGCUUUGGUUGAUUCUGAGAUUGUGGCAGCUGCAUUUGUUCCACACACAAGCUAUCACACUUCUCUGGUGUCAUGGCAACAAACUUCUCAGCUAUAUUUCUUGGAUUCGAAUCAAGAACUACUUGUACUGGAAGAGGAAGGUGCCAAUAAGUACAUUGACUCGGUGGCAUUAGAGACGGUGCCAUCAUCUCUGAAACUUCCUCAGACACCAUUCAGUGCUCUUAUAGCAGAACAGACAAAAUCAUCUGUUUUGGAUCCACUUGCAGAGACUCAUCUACAGUUAGGAAUUCCUGGUGAUAAGGCAAUACGAGAAUUGCUGAAGCCACCUGCUCACACCAUGCCACCAAUCUCUCUGCUGUGUGCUCCAUUCUUACGUGCUUUAAUAGUAACAAAGUCUAGGAAAGAAGAUGGUAGCAUGGAAAGAAAUGAUGAUGAGAUGGAAGCAGAGGACUCAGGAAUGGAGACUGAUGAUAGUGAAACAUCUGUAGUGAAACCAGUACCUCCUACAAAAAGUGAUAAUAAAUUGGACCUUCAGCAAAAAACACCUAAAGUCAAAUCACAAAAGGUGGCUCUUGCUGAUAUAGAAGCAAAAUUGGAAAGUAUUCUCCAUGAAAAUGUUAACUGGUCUUUUGCACUCUUACCUGAGAAAUCCAGCCCAAAAACAGAGUAAAUUUACACAUCUUUCAAUAUUUUCUGUAAAAAAUUAAAAACUUUCAUUGUUUCUGUUGACUUGAGAAUUUUAAUAUCACAAAAAAAUAACAGUAACAUGGAAACUUGUAUGUGCCUGUUGAGUAUGCUUUUUGCGAGGGACCAAAACUAAAUAGCACUGAGAGACUUUUCUUUCAAAGUUGAUUUGAAGAUGACAUAUUUAUAUAUGUAUAAUAGAAAAGUGAACAUAGUUUAUAUACAGUAACCUGAUUAAUUUAUCUACUGCAUUUUGUAAGUACAAAGCUCAUGCCAUGACUACAGCAGUUAUGAAAAGUGCUAUACAGGACAGUGUGUUGAUGUCAAACUCUCUGAAACCUCUACAUGCCUACAUUAUAUUUGACUGUUUCUUACUGCAGGUCAUGUGAAAUAUCUGUUUUCAGAACAACACACUGACCCAUUUAUAUGAGUUUCAAGACACCUUUUUGACUACAUAAAAGGGGGUAGUAAUUUCAUAUGGAAAAUUAUGUGACAGCACUUCCUUUUAGUGGCAGUGAAAGCAAAUGUAUAGUUUUAUAGCUGUACAAAUAUGUAAAAAAGUUCUUACAAUAUACAUUAUGUAAGUCAGAAAUUAUAAAUAAAAUUAUUACUUUUAAAAUAAUAAAUAACACAUGAGAAAAAUGUGAUACACUCUGUACAAAACUUAUUGGUUGUAAUAAAAUAUUUCUUACAUA